GGAGAGAAGAGUAGAGGAAAAAUCAAUAGAAAUUUUCUUUCGUGAAAUGCCUGCCAGCUCUGGUUGUUUGCGUUAGUUAACAAUUAAUAACAGCAAUCAACAGCAAUUCGAAAUAAUACAUGGAUUACAUAAAGUAAUAAACUGGCAAAAGGAACUCGAAUAACGCGGACAACACCCCAAAGAAAUAUCAAAAAAACCGUGAGAAAAGCAAACGAAACUACAUAAAUUCCAGCAAACUCUGCCAAUUCACACACACACACACGCACGCAAAGAGAGGCCAACAAUUUUUUUUUGGUGGCAGAGCUUUAGUUAAAGUCUGCAACACAUUCAAAGAGCAACGACAGCUAAAGAGCAAAGCAAAGCUAAAUUCCCAAUCAGUCUCAGCAUCCGCCUUGCAGCAAGUGGCGACAUCGCCGCCCGCUCGUUCGCCUGCCCGCCAGUUAUUGUUGUUGUUGUUGCUGCUGCUGCUGCAGUUGCUGCUUGAGCGAUAAGAGCGCCGCUUUGAUACGUGCGCUCGCAAACAGAUUUUUCUUCGCCCCCAAGUUUGUAUAAAACUAGCGAAAAUUAACAAGCUAACUACCAUGGCGCCGGUGCGGGGGGAUGGCAUGAGAGGCCUAGCGGUAUUUAUAUCGGAUAUAAGAAACUGUAAAAGUAAAGAGGCGGAGGUGAAGCGCAUAAAUAAAGAGUUGGCCAACAUACGUAGCAAAUUUAAAGGAGAUAAAACGCUGGAUGGUUAUCAGAAGAAGAAAUAUGUUUGUAAGCUGCUAUUCAUAUUUCUACUGGGGCAUGACAUUGACUUUGGUCAUAUGGAGGCGGUCAAUUUGCUGUCCUCCAACAAAUACUCAGAGAAGCAGAUUGGCUAUUUGUUCAUUUCGGUGCUGGUGAAUACGAACAGCGAUCUGAUACGUUUGAUAAUUCAGUCGAUAAAGAACGACUUGCAGUCACGUAAUCCGGUGCAUGUGAACCUGGCGCUGCAGUGCAUUGCCAACAUUGGCAGUCGUGACAUGGCCGAGUCGUUCUCGAAUGAAAUACCCAAGCUGCUGGUCUCGGGCGAUACCAUGGACGUGGUUAAGCAGUCGGCGGCUUUGUGUCUGCUGCGUCUGUUUCGCUCGUCGCCAGAUAUUAUACCCGGUGGGGAAUGGACUUCACGCAUCAUACAUUUGCUCAAUGAUCAGCAUAUGGGCGUCGUUACGGCUGCCACUUCGCUGAUUGAUGCGUUGGUUAAGCGCAAUCCGGAUGAGUACAAGGGUUGCGUCAACUUGGCCGUAUCGCGUCUAUCACGCAUUGUUACUGCCAGCUAUACGGACUUGCAGGAUUAUACGUAUUACUUUGUGCCAGCUCCAUGGCUCUCGGUCAAGCUGUUGCGUCUGCUGCAGAACUAUAAUCCGGUUACCGAGGAGGCCGGCGUACGUGCGCGUCUGAACGAAACGCUCGAGACCAUACUCAACAAGGCACAGGAGCCGCCCAAGAGCAAGAAGGUGCAGCAUUCGAAUGCCAAGAACGCGGUGCUCUUCGAGGCCAUCAAUCUGAUCAUACACAGCGAUAGCGAGCCGAAUCUUCUAGUGCGCGCUUGUAAUCAGCUGGGUCAGUUUCUCAGCAAUCGCGAAACUAAUUUGCGUUAUCUAGCGCUGGAGUCCAUGUGUCAUUUGGCCACGUCGGAGUUCUCGCAUGAGGAGGUGAAGAAGCAUCAAGAGGUGGUCAUAUUGUCGAUGAAAAUGGAAAAGGAUGUUUCAGUGCGUCAAAUGGCCGUCGAUUUGUUGUACGCCAUGUGCGAUCGCGGCAAUGCAGAGGAAAUUGUGCAGGAGAUGCUCAACUAUCUGGAGACAGCUGACUAUUCCAUACGGGAGGAAAUGGUGCUCAAGGUGGCCAUUCUUGCUGAGAAAUAUGCUACGGACUACACUUGGUAUGUGGAUGUCAUUCUGAAUCUCAUACGCAUUGCUGGCGACUAUGUAUCCGAGGAGGUUUGGUAUCGUGUCAUACAGAUUGUCAUUAAUCGCGAGGAGGUGCAGGGCUAUGCUGCCAAGACGGUAUUCGAGGCAUUGCAGGCGCCCGCUUGCCACGAGAAUAUGGUCAAGGUGGGCGGCUAUAUAUUGGGCGAGUUUGGCAAUCUUAUUGCUGGAGAUUCACGCUCGGCGCCGCUGGUGCAGUUCAAGCUGCUGCACUCCAAAUAUCAUCUAUGCUCGCCCAUGACGCGCGCCUUGCUGCUCUCCACAUACAUCAAGUUUAUCAAUCUGUUUCCCGAAAUACGCACCAAUAUCCAAGAGGUGUUCCGUCAGCAUAGCAAUCUGCGCUCAGCGGAUGCGGAGCUGCAGCAACGCGCCAGCGAAUAUCUGCAGCUGAGCAUUGUGGCCUCAACAGAUGUGCUGGCCACUGUGUUGGAGGAGAUGCCAUCAUUCCCCGAACGCGAAAGCUCCAUACUCGCUGUGCUCAAGAAGAAGAAACCGGGACGCGUGCCUGAGAAUGAAAUACGUGAAUCCAAGAGUCCAGCGCCUACUUCCAUAACGCAAAACAAUUCGCAUGUGAAUCACAACAACAAGCUAAAUAGCAAUGCCAAUGCCGAUCUGCUGGGCCUCAGCACGCCGCCCGCCAAUAAUAUUAACAAUCUGAACAAUAGCAAUAAUUCCACAUUGAUCGAUGUGCUGGGCGAUAUCUAUGGGAACAACAAUGCCGCCAUCUAUAACACCAAAAAGUUUCUGUUUAAAAACAAUGGCGUGCUCUUUGAGAAUGAAAUGCUGCAAAUUGGUGUCAAAUCGGAGUUUAGACAGAAUCUGGGACGUCUAGGACUAUUCUAUGGCAAUAAGACGCAAGUGCCGCUGUCGAACUUUAAUCCUGUGCUGCAGUGGUCCGCCGAGGAGGCGCUCAAGCUUAAUGUGCAAAUGAAGGCGGUGGAGCCUACGCUGGAGGCAGGCGCUCAAAUCCAACAGCUGCUGACUGCUGAAUGCAUUGAGGAUUACGCUGAUGCGCCUACCAUUGAGAUAAGCUUCCGUUAUAAUGGCACACAGCAAAAGUUUAGCAUUAAAUUGCCGCUGAGUGUAAACAAAUUCUUUGAACCAACUGAAAUGAAUGCCGAAUCAUUCUUUGCGCGCUGGAAAAAUCUCAGCGGCGAACAACAGCGUGCACAGAAAGUUUUUAAGGCUGCGCAGCCUUUGGAUUUGGCUGGCGCGCGUAAUAAGCUCAUGGGCUUUGGCAUGCAGCUGCUGGAUCAGGUGGAUCCAAAUCCCGAUAAUAUGGUCUGUGCGGGCAUUAUACACACACAAUCGCAGCAAGUUGGCUGUCUGAUGCGCCUGGAGCCCAACAAGCAGGCACAGAUGUUCCGACUUACUGUACGCGCCAGCAAGGAAACUGUUACACGUGAAAUCUGCGAUCUGCUCGCGGAUCAGUUUUAAGUGAAGCAACAAUCAACUGCAACAUUUCUACAAUGCACAAUCCUAAACAUCUAGCGAAAAAUAUCAAAAACAAAUGCAAAUUGAAAAGUUUAAACCUCGUACCCUAAGUAAUGUUGUUCACGCUCUGCCUCUUCUACACUCUACAACAAUUUAUGUAUAACUCUCUUCAAGUUUAACUAGUGCGCCCCGCCCACUUGCAUUGUUUUCAUAUUGUUAAAGGAAAUGCGUUUAAUUUUUUAUAUUAUCAUUUUGCCCCCAUUUAUAUGUAAAACUCUAUAUAUACUUUUUUGUAAUUUGCUAGCAAGAGAACUCUUUGUAAAUGUUAAGCUCAAAAAGUUCAUUAGUUUAAACAUAAUUAGAUUAUGUUGUAUGACAAAGCAAGUAGCAGUUGGAUAUUAUAUAUAUACAUUAUAAAAAGAAAA